CAAUAGUCAUGGCGCCUAGCUGCUAGAUCACGAGCUUGAAAGCUAUUUAUUUUCCUUUCUUUUUAUAUAGUAAUUAGUUGCAUUAUUAUAUAAUGAAAAGCUGGAAAGAAUAUGUUUUCUGUUAAUAAAAAUGGUUUGCUAAUGUUAACAAAUGUACAGAAUUCGAGUAGAAAAUCGGUAAUAUAAGAUACUUCCGGGUUUAUUAGCGUAAAACAAUUAAAGAGCCAGCACUGGUGAUUUUAGGGUAAAAUAAAAUUUAAAAAAGGACAAAUGGAUAAAUUUGUGGUCCGUUUUUCAAAAGAUGAUCAGGCAAGACAAGGACAAAAACAUGAAGAGAAAGUGUACAGACAGGCAACACUGGAGUCUUUAAAGAGAGUGGUGGUGAUUGAGGACAUCGAAAGGUUCAAGUCCAUCCUCGAGUUGCCCGGUCAGACCAAAGAGAAUAUGUUGGACGCUCUGAUGGAGCUGGACAAGAAAAUCCCUUCCAAAGAAGUGCUCAAGUCCACCAGGAUUGGCCACACAGUGAACACGCUGCGUAAGAAACACCCGGACGUUGAGGUGAGGGCGUCGGCUCGGCAGGUUUACACACACUGGAGGACGUUCAUUGAGGAGAACGCCAACAAGAUGUCUAUCGAGGUUCGCUGUGAUAAACAGACUGAGGAACUGAGGAGCAACGCCAGAAAACUCCUCGCUGACAGCAUGGGGUUAAAGGCUGACGCUGUGCUGGUGGACAACCUCGAGAGGGAAGUGUUUCAUCAGUGCUCACGGCUGAUCAGCGGAGCGUACAGGAGGAGUGUGAGGGCGCUGGUGUUUGCUCUCAGACACAAACCAGACGUCAGAGCGCAGGUGAAGGACGGCAGGAUCGCCGUGAACGUCUUCGUCAGGAACCACAAGAAGAAACCAUGACGCUGAGAGGAAAGAGACGAUACACACAGAUACUCACACACGUAGUGGUGCUUCAUAAAACUGUACUUUAAUAGAGGUUUAUUUUUUCUUUUGAAUAAUUUUAGCAGUAAAAUUUAUUUAAUGUUAUGCACAUCAAACAAAGGACAUGUACAGGUUUUAUUUUAUUUUAAAAUCUAUUUUGAUUCUCUAUUUGGUCUUUAAAUGGAUCUUCCAGCAGAUUGAUUUUCAGAAUUAUU